AUGCUGCGUGUUUUCCCUCGUUUAAACAAAAAUUUAAUUUCUGUAGUUCGUGCAAAACCGGCGGCUUCAUUAUUGAGAACAUUCCACAGCUCUAUACCUGCAAGAAAUGCCGAAGGAAAAAUUGAAAAUCUUGUGGAAGAAAUUAGCAAAUUGUCUUUAUUAGAAACGUCCAAGCUUGUAGAGCAGCUGAAGGAAAAACUGAACAUUUCCGACAUCGCUCCUAUGGCAGCUCCUAUGGCAGUUCCCGGAGCCGCUGCUGGUGCUGCGGAAGAGGCUAAUGAUGAGCCUAAACCAGAAGAGAAGACAACCUGGAACUUAAAGUUAGACUCUUUCGAUGCAGGUUCAAAAGCCAAGGUUAUCAAGGAAGUCAAGUCUUUGCUGGGAUUGUCUUUGGUUGACGCUAAGAAAUUUGUCGAAAGCGCACCUAAGGUUCUAAAGGAAAACGUACUAAAAGAAGAUGCUGAUGCUAUCAAAUCCAAGCUGGAACAACUUACUUGCAAGGUUACCUUGGAGUAA